AUGUGGAACGCAUAUCUCUUAUCUAUACGACAAGAGGAUACUGGCGCAGCGAAGUUGAAUGUCAGGAAUAUAAUGACACGGCUUGUGGCUGGAGGUGCCUCUGUAACACGAGCAUUUCUUGGAGUUCGCAAUCCUCGAAUGUUGGAAUCCACUGCAGGGUUUAAGGUGAAAUCACGCCUGAAGCUGCGAUGCAAAAGCUGCUACUUCAUUCGUGUCAAUGGGCGCUUGCACGUUGAAUGCAGCGAGCAUCCACGACAUAAAGCCAGGGAAAUAUUCAAUGUGAGACUUUUGUGGUAA